AUGUCACAACCCAGCACUAAAAGUACCAAACGCCUAUUACCCACUACGACUCAAGAUCUCGAUCGACCCAGGAAACAGAGGAAAAAUGUUACGACACCACAACAACCCUCAUCCACAUUCACCCUCCUCCCCACUCAAACCAUACUCUCCACCCUCCCCUCAGACACCAUCCUCCUCCACAGCACAAACUGCUUCGGCGAAUGGGGCGCUGGCAUUGCCCUAGCCAUAGCCCAUCUCCUCCCCGCCGCCAACGCCAUCUACACUACUCACUGUGACUCCUUCCGAGCUGAUCCCCGCUCCUGGCCAGAGAGAGAAAAACUCGUCGGGACGUGUCUACUUAUCCCGCCACUGGAUGCUGAUACGAAGAGAAACGGCGGGAAGGAAGUAUGGGUCGCGUGUUUGUUUACGAGUUAUGGGUAUGGGAGGGCGACGGAGCGGAAGGCAGGGAAGGAUGGGAAGGCGGUGAUUUUGAGGCAGACGAGAGGGGCGUUGGGGGAUUUGAGAGGGCAGCUUGAGGGGAUGAGAGAAAAGGAUGGGAAGGGCGGUGAGGAUGCGAAGAAUGAAGGUGUUCUGAGUGGUGACGAGGUGGAGAUGAGUGAUGCGAGGGCGGGUGCAAAGAAGCAAGGUCGGCAGCUGGAUAUUUAUUCACCACAGUUCAAUUCGGGCAGUUUCGGUGUUAAGUGGGAAGAGACAGAGAUUUUAGUCAAGGAGGUAUUUGCUGGUUGGGAUGGGAAGUGGUUCAUUCUCAGUCCACCGAAAUGA